UAAGAGAAAAAGUACAGUACAAUUGAGGAUAUAUCGUAAACUACUACCGGACAGAGUACACUACCAUUACAGCUUUCGUAGCGUUCGUAAAACAGUCGUACAACAAUAACAAGUCAUCGCAGUCAUUCACCGACCAACAUCCAAGAUCCAUCUCCGGCCAUCCUUGGCCAUAACCAGCCCCCUGAAUUGGUUGGUGCCCAUCAAAAAAUCAAUGCGCUUGACUCCGCCCGCCUUCUCUUCGGCGUACCCACGGUGACCUGCGAGACGCGAGUAGCGGCGAACGUACGCGUCGGACACGGCGCGCAUCGACCGGUCGUUGUCGAGCAAGUUCCACUCGGCCGUAGUGAUGUUCGCGCGGAGCGAGGUGUGCAAGCCGUUCAAGACGUCCAUCACGGUCACGUAUCGCCCGUUCGAUGCUUUGAGCGUGAACACCCACGGCAGAUGCGCGCAGGACACGGUGAGCUGGGCCUGGGACGGCUGUGUCGCCGGCUCCGACAGGGCCGCCGAGGAGAGGUUGAUCAGAUUCGUUCUGAGUGUGCUCGUUGGCAACGAGAGGUCGUAGCUGAGCACCGGAGUGUCAGAGUAUUCCAGAAGGCGGUUCACCCGGGACACCGUGGGGACGGCGGAGAGAGUGUGCGAGCGACGCGGAACAUGGCGGCGGGUCGCUGAGGACGACGAGGUUGAAGUGGAUCCCGAAGGACUGUGGAUGGCAGAAACCGGAAAAUAGGAGUCGUCGAAUGCGAAGCGGACGUGCUUUCCUGGCAUGCACUAGGUGGUGUGUGUAGGGUGUGGUGGUUGAGCGCGGGGGCUGAACAGGUUCGGGGAUAAAAGUGAGGAGCGAAACACGACGCCUCGCAGGGUUUUAUAUCUACUCCGACCGCGGACAGUUGAAUUGAGCAGGUGGGGCGAUGAUUCGGAGUGGAUUCCGCCCAUUACUGAUCUGCUGAUACAGUGGCUGAUCGCAUUGCCUCCGGUUGUAAGCACGGCCCCCACCUGCCUAACAGGGUAAUGAUUGACGUAGACAGGGAUUGGCUGAAUCUGGCGAAGUCUGAUUCCGAAGCAUGGGAUGGCGAGUUCUGUAGCACCGUGGAACCGGUGACGCUGGGGCAUAGACACGGAAGACGUGUGUGGUGUCGUGCCAACGGAAUAUCAAAUCCGAGGUGGAGUGCAAUGCGGGAACUCCACGACUCACAUUGCACAAGCUGUCUGGACAAGAAUCUCCAAGCUAGGGACAGCAACGGAACUUGACCAUCGGCGCACCGCCCACAUCAUUGCGAUGCGCCAUCAGCAGGUAUUUGACAUAGGCAGGCAGUGCAUGUGCCCAUCCGCAUCAAUGUUGCUAGCCUCAUGGGAGCUGUUCUGAGCAAAGCCAGCGGCUCGCACGGAAAUCGGCAUUUGCGUUGAGUGGAAUCCACAGACCAGAAGCUUAGCUUCCAUUCUCCACGACAGAUAAAGCCGGUCGCAGCGCAAUGAGGCACAGAGAACGAGUCAAUUUACAUCCUAAAAUUAGUCCUGUGGAGCUCGAGGACUGAACACGUCGCAGCUCACGCGCUCAAUUCGGCCACUCGAGGCUUUUCUGCUGCGGAGUCUUGUGGCUUGACUCGGGACCGACGGGUGGAUCUACAGGAGCCCGCAAAUCUACAUUACAACACAGGUUUGACGGUGCCACUGUAACCAGGAUUGACACCUCCGAUAAAUUGGACUCUGCAUCCCGCCAGUAUCCCGAAAGACCUUGGCAUCUGCAUUACAAACACGUGAUCGUGCUUCGGGAUACGUCACCCUCGAGAGCACUGCCACUCCGUGAGAUUUUCCCUGAAUGGCUUGAGUCCGGCAUGCAACAUCUUUCACAUAACGUGAAUCUCAACUCUCACCGCGUACAACUCAUAGCAACAGCAGUCGCCGCCUCCGCAACGACCGCUGCUUUGUUCACUGCAUACACCACCUACACCCGACGGUCACGUAGACGGGAGCUCAAUGCUGACAUCCUGCGCUCGAUCUCUGCUUCCGCAUCCUCCUCCAAGGGCCGCAAACUUCCCACUCCUGAUGACUCCAAUUAUGGCGACGGCAGCCACGACGACAAGUACGCAUACACCGAAGGCUUGAUGCAGGAACAGCUCGCUCGCAACUACGCGUUCUUCGGCGAGGAGGGUAUGGCGGCGAUCCGCGGCAAGACGGUGGUCGUCGUGGGGUGCGGAGGAGUUGGGAGCUGGGCGGCCGUGAUGCUUGUGCGGUCUGGAGUAUCAAAGAUACGGCUGGUCGACUUCGACCAGGUCACCCUGUCGUCAUUGAAUAGGCAUGCUACCGCCGUGCUUGCGGAUGUCGGCACCCCAAAAGUGAAGUGCAUCGCGCGCACCUUGAGGCAGAUUGCGCGCUGGGCGGACAUAGACUGUCGCGUCGAGCUGUGGAAGAAGGGAGAAGACGGAGACAAGUUGCUGGAAGGAGCAGACUGGGUCAUAGACGCCAUCGACAACAUCACGACCAAGGUGGAUCUGCUGAAACACUGUCACGACAACGGUAUCAAGAUCUUCUCCUCUAUGGGUGCCGGCGCAAAGUGCGAUCCGACACGCGUGCACAUCAGCGACAUCUCAUUUACAGUCUACGACCCCCUAGCCCGCGCCGUGCGUCAACGCCUGCGUCGGCUGGGCGUAUCCAGCGGGAUUCCCGUCGUCUAUUCGUCCGAGGUGCCUGGGGACGUCAAGCUUCUACCGCUGCCAGACGACGAGUUCCAGAAAGGGUCAGUAAAGGAGCUGGGCGUGCUCGACGACUUUCGCGUACGCAUCCUCCCUGUCAUUGGUCCGCUCCCAUCGCUCUUCGGGCUGCACAUCGCCAGCUAUGUGCUAUGCGAGAUGGCGGGCAAGCCGAUCCUCAACCCGCUCCCCAUUCGCAACAGACGCAAGAUCUACGAACGGCUGCUGAAGGAUCUGCAGACGCGCGAGGCGGAAAAAGCGGGAGCGAACAACGGAAAUGCCCCACGGCUGCCACUGGACGAGGACGAUGUCGCGCUCCUGUUUGAAGACAUUCAUCGCGGGCGGUCCGUCGUCCCGCCGCACCUCGUUCCGACCAAACCCAUGCUCGUGCGGUGGGACCCGUCCCGGCCGAUCUCCCUCGAAAACAUCGUGGUCAUGGACGCUCCGGAGGCCAAACGACACGAAGGAGAGAACAGCUGGGGUGUGGACGUGCAUGAUGUCGUUGCGAAACGGGUCCGGGAGAUCGAGGCGUGGCGAAAUUGGGUGAUGUGAGUCAGGCCAACUGGGGGCUAGCGCACUGUGGGUGGCAGUUUCUGGCAGAUGCGAUCACUAGCAGCAGUUCAGAGGUACCUGAAGUGCCGAGGCGCUGGGGCAUUAGACAGGCAACGCACUCGGAGUGAACGUAGUAUCAAAUACAUGCUCCAAGAAUCUGAAGCAUGAGCAGAUCCUAUGCUCGGAGAGUGGUGAUAAAUAAUAGUCUUGGAGUGGGAAGCCACGUUUGUGUGUCCCCUGGGUGACAUGUCAAGCGUUCAAGGCCAUCGGUGCCGGCAUGAUGAAUGCGAUGCUUGACCACUAGCACUUUUAACCUGUUGCUGGUCGGAACCGAUUUUCAAACCUGCUCGUUUCCACAACAGACCUACGAGUCAGGCAGCACGCCCCUUACCAGGGAAUCGUCUCAUCCUAUCAUCCUCGCUAGGUCGGACCACAAGAAAAGCACUAUUUCCCACGCAAUGUGGAAGGAAUCUGAAACAGACCUGCAUCUCUAUCAUGACAUGUCACCCUCAAGUCUUUUGUGAUUGUGAGAUCACAGUCUUCAGUGAAAGACGUCAAGUAUUAUGGACACGCCCCAGGCCUUGUUGCGUGCGGCUGACUUUCCCUCCGGUCACUUCGUGCGCUUGGGUUUCACACCCCCGCGAAACGGGCUGAGCAGCCGAGAUUCACAGGAGAUAUCCAGCACUGGGACUCGGACCGAGCCAUGGCACCCUUCUCUCUCGCUCCCAUUCUUUGCACCAGCCGAAGAACGUACUGUUUCCCGGCCCAACUCGCGCGUUCUCUGCCAGCAUCGUCGGCGCCUCCGUCGACCGGCAGCCCUGCGCCUCCGCUCACCCUGAACGUCCCAUCCCCCGCACCCGCCCCCGACGACACAUCCGCCGACAGUACGAGCCGCCUAAACCGCCGUGCGGCGAUCGCGUGUGGGAUCACGAUCCCGUUAUUAGCACUCUGGCUCGUUGUCUGCACCGCGGCCCGCUGGAAGCUGAAACAGCGGCGGUCCCGCCGGGUCGUGCGUCCCUUCAGUCUUGGCAGCGGCGCAUCUCCCUCGAAACUCGCGAACUCCUCUGGAGCCCCUGCGCCGCUAUGGACGCCGUCAGAUGUGCUGGUGAUCUCCCCCGAGUCGACGCUCUCGUUAGGUGAGAAAGGUGGGGCCUCUCUCACUGCGGAUCGCAGAUCAGCAGAUGCGCUGUCGCCCCGUGAAGAGGAGGAGAAGAUGGAUAGCGAUGGGGACGGCCGCGCUCCAGAGCAGAGUCCGGAAGCUCCGUCUUACACCCCCCAUCUCAGCCCAUUACCGAUAUCAGAACCGAGGAGCCGGCAGUCCACACAGCGUGACGGGCCCACACGUGAUCCAGGUCCUCGGAACCUUCCGGUACUGCAGAUCCAGA